CUCUUGUGUCCAUGACCUUGUUCACUUGGUCACUGCCCAAAACUCAUGACUAGAUGGAAAGUAGGAAAGUAGAUUGACCUGUAAAUCAAAAGUUCUCCUUUUGGCUCAGCUCCCUCUCAACAGAUCACAAAGACACACAUAGCUGAAUCUACCCUCUCUUUCACCAUGUUGAACCCUAUUGUAGUCACCAAGAUCAACAAGUAUGCCUACUCCUGUACGGUGCCUUUGAGCAGGGUGAAAGAGUGCUCUAUUUCGCAGCAACAGAAUUAGUUUAAUCACUUUAAUCUUUAAUGGCAUGGACUGAAUUUAUGUAGUGUUUUACUAGUCCAAAUUUGCCCAAUCUCACACCCAUAUUUUAUACACCAAUGCAUAGAUCAGUAGGCACAAAUGUGACAAUGGAACUCUAAUCAAACCCACCACUUUCAGAUUGCAAGACAACUACUCCACCCACUGAGCCACAGUAAACUGCUUUCAGUCAUAUGUCAACUACAACGAUAGCAAAGGAGUCUGUUUAAUUUGUGUUCUGAGGUUUUAAAGCGAAAGUUAAGAUUACAAAUCCUGCAAGUCAAAAGGCAAAUGAACUGCAGCAACUGGAUUGAGUAUGCAAAUAUUGCCCGGUCCCUCAAGCAUAUGGGGGACAGAUUAGCAUAUGUCCUCCAUAUGCUUGAGGGACUGUGCAACAUUCGAGUUUGGUAUGGUCAGGGAAUACCACACCUACACAACCAGUAUUCUGUCAACUCGCCACCAAGUGAUAGCAAGACUUUGGAUAACGAAGAUUUGGACCACAGUCUGUCGGUUUUUCAGUGAGGAUUUAAAAUCUAGGUUCUAUCAUCUGAUGGCAGACCAACCCCUGACUGACUGGGAUAGUGGUCUCUGUGACUGCGGCGAGGAUGCACAAGCUUGUUGCUAUGGUUUCUGGUGCGGGCCAUGCCUGGCCUGCACUGUUUCAGGCAGAUUUGGAGAGAACCGUUGUCUCCCCUUAUGUGAUAUGUGUGUUGAUAAAAUGAUCUCUCCAGCAGCCCUGUCUCUGAGAGUCGCCAUGAGACACAAAUAUGGUAUCAAGGGUUCCCUUUGCGAGGACAUUGCUGUGUCCUGCUGCUGCCCAACGUGUGUCUGGUGUCAGAUGUAUCGCGAGUUAAAAUAUCGCAAAAAGUCCCCCGUCGUCAUCAACAUGCAGGUGCAACCUUAUGUCAACAUGCAGCCUCAUCCAAUGAUGGCAGUUCCUGCUCAGCCUGUUUUCGACAGAUAAGCAGAAAUCAUCCAGGCUUCCUUUUGAUUUUCAUCAUCAUCACAAUAUUUAACAUUAUCACCAACUUUGCGAGAUAUUUUAAUUUUAUGUAUCCUAGUUUGGACUAAAUAAAUAGGUUCAGGAGGGUCUAGAGAAAUUCAUCCAAGCGUUUAUCUUUGGUUGCAUUGAUUACUGCAACAGUGUCUUGACAGAUCUGCCUAAAAAAAUCAUUCUGACAGCUGCAGCUGAUUGAGAACACUGCUCCUCGUGUUCCCAUUAAAACCAUUAAGAUAGAGCAAAUCACCCAGUCCCUAAAGUCCUUAAACUGGCUCCCUGUAGCUCAGAGAAUAGACUUUAAAAUUCUACCAGACCUCUCAGGUCUUCUGUUCAUGGUCUGCUCUGCAUCCCCAGAGCUUGAACCAAACAGAAAGAAGCAGCAUUCGGCUUCUAUGCACCACAAAUCUGGAAUAAACUUCCAGAAAAGUACAAAACAGCUGAAACAAUGAGUUCCUUUAAAUCUAGACUAAAAACCCAUUUGUUUAGAAUUGCUUUUGAAACAUCAUAAUAUCAAACAUUUAUCAACAUUCCUAUGUGUAAUGAUGACACUUGACAAAAUGUAGCUCUUCAAUUGUUGACUGUGUUCUCUGACUUUUUAUUUUUGUGUUUUUAUGAUGUAAAGUACUUUCAACUACUUUGUUUCUAAAACAUUCCAUGCAAAUAAACUUGAUUGACUUGA